CCACACACUCAUCAAGAGAACGGAACAGAGAAGGAGAGGGUCCGGGAGAGCGAUGGCGGCUCAGGCAGACACCAUUGAAGUUCCCACGGACGCUGAGCUGCUGCAGGCGCAGGCUGACCUGUGGCGCCACAGCCUCUACUACCUCUCGUCCAUGGGGCUCCGUUGCGCCGUCCAGCUUGGGAUCCCGACCACCAUCCACCGCCUCGGCGGGGUCGCCUCACUGCCCGACCUGAUGGCCGCGUUGUCCCUUCCAUCGGUAAAGAUGCCGUUCCUCGGCCGGCUCAUGCGCGUGCUCGGGACGUCGGGCGUCUUCGGAGCCGACAAAGACCCCGAGUGCGGCGGGGAGCUCUACCACCUCACCCCGCUGUCCCGCAUCCUUGUGGACGGCGUCGACGCGGAUGAGCACCACAGCCAAAAGUAUUUUGUGCUUGCCGUGACCUCGCCACGUCUCGCGGAGGCGGCGUUGGGGCUGGCGGACUGGUUCAAGAAGGACCUUGAGCCACCAGUGCCGUCUCCCUUCGAGGACAUGCAUGGCGCCCCUAUCUUUGAUGAGAGAACGCCCCUCAUGGACGAAGAGUUUGACGCCGUUACAAACCAAGGCUUGGCUGCCCACGACAACCUGGGGAUUGCCACCAUACUGCGAGAGUGCGGUGACAUCUUCAAGGGGCUUGAGUCUCUCACUGACUGCUGCGGUGGUGAUGGUAUGAUAGCGAGGGCUCUUGUCAAGGCUUACCCGCACAUCAAGUGCACCGUGUUGGACCUUCCGAAGGUGAUAGACAAAGCCCCAAAUGAUGGUGUCGUUAACUAUGUAGCGGGUGACCUAUUUCACACCGUCCCAUCUUCUCAAGCUGUGAUGCUCAAGCUUGUACUACAUUUCUGGAGCGAUGAGGAUUGUGUGAAAAUCUUGACCCAGUGCAAGAAGGCCAUUCCUCCACGCGACGAGGGAGGAAAGGUAAUUAUCAUAGACAUUGUGAUUGGACCUUCCUUAGGGCCAAUAAUGUUUGAAGCCCAACUCCUGAUGGAUAUGCUCAUGAUGGUGAACACAAGAGGGGUCCAACGGAGU